AAUGGCAACAGCAAUUGCUAAGGAUUAUUAUUUUGUAAUUGUUGGGCGUCAGGAUCAACCACUUUUGGAAAUGGAUUUUCCUCCAAAGAAGCGAGAAACUCAAGCGGAGACCCAUCAUUUACUUCAAUUUAUUGCACACGCAGCUUUGGAUAUUGUGGAUGAAAUGACACUUAGGGAGCCACAAAUGUACUUGAAGAUUGUUGACAAAUUUAAUGAAUGGUUUGUUUCUGCAUUUGUUACUUCUAGCCGUAUUCGCUUUUUAAUGUUACAUACACAAAAGAAUGAAGAUGGGAUUAAACAAUUCUUUCAAGAAAUUUAUGAAAUGUAUAUAAAAUAUUCUAUGAAUCCCUUCUACCAGCAUGAUUCUCCUAUUCGUUCUGUAAAUUUUGAACAAAAGGCUGGCAUUUAUGGAAGGAAAUUUCUUGGAGUUUAA